CUUUAAUCAGCCUAGAUAGCAAGUGUCUGCAGGCGAGACUACAAUUUGUGGACGAACCAAUCAGGUUUACGAUAACGGGUCUUGCGUUUUGGCGCGAAAUUCAUUCACCCAUUUGGCUAAAUGGAAUCCUGGUAUUAUAGCGGAUGUCAGGUCGUGAUGAAAACUAUAAAUCUAAUUCCUGACCCCAACCAUCAACUAUAAAUCAUAAUCCUUAUUCUUCAAACUGCUUUAUAACCCUCACUUAGCCCUGUUAAGUAGGUAGACACUCAAAGUCAUUAUAGCGUCUCUCAAAGGUCGUGCACAAAUUAUAAUCUCACCCUUUCUGAAAUCGAUAAAUAUCUUACCUGCAGACAAUGCCGUAUAUUGUGCCGCUGUCCAUUGCAUUUGUGUAAUUAUUCCAUGAACAAGCUAUUGCAAUCUAUUUCUGACAAGUUGAAACAUUUGGAAUCAAUUGCAACACCAGAUGCAGUAAACUAUGUUGAAGCAUGCCUCAAAGUACAGAAUAAACAGUUGCUGCACAGAAUAAAGUCGUUAAAAGAAUCAGUUAUUCAGCAGGAGCUACUUCUUGGAUUAAAUCAACAACAACUUCAUCAUUUACCCUCUGUUAAGGCUGUAUCCAAUGGUUCUAAUUUGAAUGGAAAUUCACUGGAAAUCGGACAUUUGUCCGACAAAGGAUUAGUGCCGGAAGCAGAGCAACCCAAACAGAGGACAGAGGUACAAACGGACUCGGUGAAAACUAAAAAUCGGAAUACCGAACGUAAAAUACCAGAUGGAAAACCACAAUCUGCUGAAAAGCCUGUUGAUAUUGGUCGUCUGGAUCUGCGUGUCGGUCGAAUUAUAGAUGUAAAUCGCCAUCCUGAUGCUGACUCUUUAUACGUAGAGAAAGUUGACUUGGGUGGAAAUGAAAUACGCACUGUUGUCAGUGGGUUGGUGAAAUAUCUACCUAUCGAGUCACUACAAAACCGAGUCGGGAUAUUUCUCUGCAAUCUCAAGCCAGCAAAAAUGCGUGGUGUUGAAUCGGAAGCAAUGCUAAUGUGUGCAAGCUCUCCAGAUACAUGUGGAGUAGAGCCUCUGAUUGUUGAGGGCCCAGAUAUACAGUUAGGUGAUUCAGUUGUGGUUCCUGGAUAUAAUCACGAUCCUGAUGACCAACUUAAUCCCAAAAAGAAAAUUUUUGAACAAGUGAAACCAGAUCUUAGAGUAAAUGAAAACGGGAUCGCUAUGUAUAAAAAUGUUUCAUGGACACUAAAAGGGUCUUCUCUUGCUGUGAUUAAAUCACUCAGGGUCAAAGACGCUCAAAUAGCUUAGUUGCUAACUAUACCCUUUUUAAAAUAUGCUAAUAAUUAUAUAUAAUGUUUUCGGGAAUUA